UCCCCACCCAACAGACCCGUGUCCACCAGCACAGAAGCAGCACCUCUUCGCCCGUCUUCACGGACCAUUAACCAGGACAGAAAGAUGAAGCUGUUGAUCUGCCUCAGUGUUCUCCUCCUGUCUGCCUGUCAACUCAGUGAGGCCAGAGUCAUCCCAGACGGAGCGCCCUACGAAGAACCAGUAGCUGUUCCUUACUGGCCCUACUCCACCUCUGACUUCUGGAACUACGUUGAGUACUUCAGGUCCAUCGGCGCCUACAACCACAUCAACGAGAUGGCCCGGGCCUUCUUCGCCCACCAGCACCUGGGGGACACCCUGGGAUAUGAGACCAACGAAGGACACGAGCACUGAAGUGGGCCGGGAAGGAGGCAGCAGGAGGGAGAGGAGGGGAAAUAGCUCAUGUGAUAUCCUGCAUGAAUUUUAUAAAAAAAGGGAAAGUUGACGAGGAAAUAAGGAAAUGAAUAUACGGAGCAAACAUAAUGAGGUGGAUACUUUUCACAAGUAUGUCACUGUAUAUAGAGUAGUUAUAUGAAUGGACUAGCAAUGUAGGGUAUGUAGGCUUUUGUAGGUAAUCGGUUAUUAUCGCUGUGCAAUGUACCAC